AUGGAAAGUCCGCGAAUUUUGGUCACUGGAUUUCCAGGAGACACAACGGAAACACAACUCAUCAUCUACUUUCAGUCAGUGAGAGAUUCAGGAGGUGGCGACGUAGAAAGCAUUAAAAUUGAUCAAGGGCGAGCAGAAAUCAGUUUUGAAGACGUGAAAGGUAUAGGAUUUGAGCAGUUUGUUGAUUAAUGUUCGUAGCAGACAAUUAUAAUAUCAUUCAAUAAGACGCAAUGAAGAUCAUUCAAUAAGACGCAAUGAGAUCAAUAAGACGCACAUGAAUGACAUGCAUCAUAUGACAUAUACCCAUACGUAGGGGGAAACUGUUUGAAAUUUGCCUUGCCAUUUUGAGGAAGUAGGAUAUCAACAUAGACACUGUAGCACAUCUGGCAACAAAUUAAUGUUUUCUUGCUUUUCAUUGUCACCUUCAACAAUUAUUAAAUGAUUAUCGAACGUGAUGUUCGUAGCUUACUGAUAACUGAAAAGACGAAGACAUCAUUUCGAAAUUGAAAUCGAAACUUGACCACUAAAAUUUCCCUACAGCGGGGUUAUGUUACAGAACGCCGAACGGCCGCCGAAAGAAAGCUGAAUGACUCGCUAGGGACGUAAAUAAAACAAGUUUACUCAUAUAGGGUUAUUCUAUAUAAGACGUUUAUGACGUCGUUUUACUAACGGUACUAUGGACAAGAAAAUUACAAUGGCUUUGUUUUGUUCUUGUAGUCGCAACUCGGGUACUUAAUCGUCCCAACCAUAUUUUUCGGGACUGUUGUCUUCAAGUGUCCCUGCUGGCUAAGCAAGCGUUUUCAAGCAAGGCACAAAAGGCACCAGCUACUUUUCAUGAGGACGUAGGUAUUGCUAGCCCAACUACGAAUGAAUGGAAGGAUAAAAGUUCGCUAUGUAUAAAUGUAAGUCUUAGUUUUAUCAUCUUUUGAUUUAUUAUAAUACAAUCAACAAUGAGAGUGUGAUUCCUAUAUAUAUAUAUAUAUAUAUAAAUAGUCACGCCACCAAUGAAUUAGGUGCAUCCAUUAGUCUUAAACCAACUACAAGAUGAGGGAACACACUAUCUUGAUUUGUAGCAUUGCUUCCAUCCCAGAUGUAGGUGCAUUUUUUUUUCACAACGAUAAUUGUAUAUUACAUUAUUCGACCUCAUACAUCUCUCUGUCAUGAACCAGCGAGGGCUGAGGAAGAGGAAUCUUCGAUUACUGAACAUAAGAGGCCCCUAAUACGCCCAGGGGUUGAAAUAAGAAAAUAAUCGGGGAUCUUGGAAACGCCGAGCUGACAUAUCUGUAGAGCGAUCUUUUUGUACAAGAGUCUGCUUUGUGGUCUCAAUGACAAGUUGUCUCUUUUCUUAGGAACUUGAUAGAAAACAAACGAUCGCUUUGAGCGACACACACCAGCUUCUGGAUCCUCCUUACUCCAGUUCUUUAAGUGGUUCAGCUGCUUACCCUACUCAAUGUACAAUAGAGGUUAUGGGUUUACCACCAGGCGCAACCGAAGAUUUGGUGAUUAAUUACUUUGAGAACGAAAAAAAGUCGAAAGGUGGUCCUGUCAUUGAUGUCAUUUUAAGUCCUGAACAUCAAACAUGCAAGGUUACCUUUGAGUCCCCACAUGGUAGGUUUAUUAAUGCACUAAAUAUAAACAUAAAACAGCAAAGACAAAUUUAAAGCGACUUGAGGUUUCCCGAUUUAUGGAAACUAAUUUGUUUACAGAUUUGUCAUGUAGCGCUUCAUUGAAUUGAAAUCUGUCUUUCUUUCUUUUUACUUGUUUCCUUGCUCGGUAAUUUUGAAUUUAACGAUAUGCUUUCUAGCUAACUGUCUAACAGUAGUCAGUAGUCAAUUGGUGUAUUUUUUCUUCCAGUAUUUUUAGAUUGAUUUGUAAUUAAUUAUCUGGGGCACAUGAAAUACUGUGUACAGUAAUGUUUUUUUUUAUAUAUAUAAUAUCUAUUUCAGAUGCCAUAAGAACUGUGCAGCACACUCCUCACAAUUUGAGCGGGGCGUGUCUUAGUGUUUCUCUCUGUGAGGAAUUUGAAGAGGAAACCGCAGACGAUUCUGAGGUAAAUACCGAGGACCAUGAAGAAAAAAUAACCAUUAUUGUAAGCGGCAUCUCUGCUUCUACUACAGAGGAUGCCGUGUGCAAUUACUUCGAGAAUUCAAGGAGAUCUGGUGGUGGAGACGUUCACAAAAUAGAUCAUAAAGUCGACGGCGACACUGUAAUAGCUUUCCUUGAGGUGAAAGGUAUGCUUAAAACAUUUAAACCAAUAUAGUUUAAUUCUCACCUCAAACUGUAACGUAAGUAAGUAGAAUUACGAGCAAGGUCUUAACAAACUGGUAAAUCGAACAAACCCGGGCUUAUAAUAUAAUUACGCAAAUCUCAUUUUGAUUUCAGCUUACUUCUAAAGUAAACAAUUACGGCAAAGCUUCUAAAUCAAAUUCACAACCAAUUUUUGUUGCUAAGAAGCGUGACUGCUUGGACCUUUUUUUGGUACAGACAAUAAGGUGCACGUUCUAUGUACCGGUAUCUGUACUUGAACUUAUCGCGAUGAUCACUGACCUUGUCAAGAAGAACUAACUUUGUACUGUCAGUAAUAGCAAAAGAGGUAACUAAAGUGCCGGGAUUUUUUAACUAGGCCGCUUCAAGGCACACCUAGUUUAUAAAUAUGGGUUUUUUUAAAUGAACACUUUCAAUUAUCAAUCCAGUAACCCAGAAGGCUUUGCGAAUGGAGAAUGUUUUGCAUUUUUUGCUCUUAUCAAGGUGAUUCGACUAUGUGUUAUUUACAAUCCAUACGGAGUGAUUUUAUAGGUUUUGUGACUUCAAGAAGCGCUGCAAAGAACUGUGAAAGGGCUGGGUUUGGGGCAGUUGCAAAUUUAGGCUGUUGAGCGCUGCCAUUGAAAGCGGUUUGACAGUGGUGAACAGCGCUGCUGCAGCGGUACAGAAAAUUCCCGAAUCACAACUUGUGCUGCAAUAUGGCUGCAGAGAAACUUCGAAAAGUGUAAGAAUGUUUAUUACCGUUGGUCGCAUAGCACUUGCAGGCGUUACAAAGGCGCGUGAUACAACGAAGAUAACUCUAAACAAAUCUGCAACAUUGAACAACGGUUUGGCUUUGUAACUAUUCAACAGCAGCAGUCAUUCAUCUAAUUGCAAGAACAGCUUUGUAAACAAAGCAAUCCGGACAUUAUUUUCAUUAGAAUAUUGCACAGUUCAUACCGACGAAGCAGACAAAGUGAUAGCUUUGAUUCUCUCAAAACACGCAAACUUGACAUUGCUCUCCUCGACGUUCUUCCACAAUCCUUGAUCUUUUGCAUCUUCUUACGAAGUAAAUCCGAAUCCAUAUUUUACUUUGGAGUUCAUUAACUUUUUUCCAGUGGAAUGCGAUUAAAUAAUGCACUUUGGCAAACAAUCUUGUGCAGUUCUUGUAUUUCACCGUAGUAUCUGUCCGGGUAUCUGUCGCUUGCUCUUCCUUGCUUUGUCGACGCGUAGCGUAGGAGUCACUGUACUGUGCAUUGUUAUAUUACAAUACGUUUCUAUCGUGCUCGAGAAAGCUGUGGCCGGCCAGUCAGAUCAACCUAAGUGUGUCGAUCAUAAAUUAUAGGCUAUCGUCUAUUGGCCAUCUCUACAGUAUAGUCUCGCUUGAAUAAAGACCUGUGUUUGUAAGCUGUUCGCUGUCUGUACUGUUUAACCAAGAGAGGAUAAAGGGGACAGAGAAGGCAUCCCCCAUACACACCCUAUUCCAUAGGUAAUUCGUCUCAAGUUAUUUUUAAGACCACAGAUCCCAAGGGGGAUUAGACAACAGCCAAUCACAUAGCAUGAAUGUGUUCCGCGUGGAUGACCCACACUCAGAGCCACGCGUCCUUUACGAAUUGACGCAGAAAAAAAUGGCGGAAGACGCGGAGAGCGAUAUUGCUAUUCGUUCUGUCGACGAAAACGACUAAACAGAGAUUUCUACUAAAGCGGUGUCAGCGAAAUGGAAAUUUUAAAAAAAAUCGCCCCUCCUCUCUUGUAUAGAGCUAACAGUACAGCAGGGAAAUCCUUAACACACUGAAUAUUUUCUCAGGAUCAUUUAUAAUUUACAGUUUGAAGAGAGCAAUUUCUGGUUUGAUAUUUAUUCUUUUAUUAGUGUUUUAUUAUUCAACAAAAAUAACACUUGGCGUCUUACUUGCUUUAUUUUACAAACGACCGGUUUCAAUAGACCGGCGAAAUUUCUCAUUUUAUUAAAGCACUGAGGUUACGACAACUUCGAGUUAAACUGAUUUCACUAAUGUCAAAGCGCCGACUCAAUUCGCCUCAAUAUUCAGGAAUGCUCUCGAUCUCUUUACGCUUUCAUUGCCUUUCGCCCGACAUGCUUUGCACGGCGUUUAGUCAUGCGAAACCUCCACGAAACAUCCACGCAGCGCGCGAAGGAACUUUAUCCCGAUUCUAAAAAUAACUCGAGACGAAUUACCUAUGGAAUAGGGAGUGUAUAGGGGAUGCCUUCUCUGUCCCCUUUAUCCUCUCUUGGUUUAACUUGUCGUUUUCAUGCAGUAUAAUAUUUUUGUACAGUCUGGGUUUUAUGGCAGCCCAGUAAAAGUCGCCUUUCGAAGAGUUUAGUUAAGCUUCAGUUUCAAACCCGAAAUCAUAAUGCAUGUUGCAAUAUUUGAUAGCAGAGCUCUCUCGCGCGCGAAUCGCGCAGAGGAGUACCAUAGGUAAGAAAAUCGGGUUAUCUAUGAAAACAAGAUUGUCCGUCCGUCUGUACGUCAACCCCAUCAUGUUAGGAGAUGUGAAAGACUUACUAGCUAGGAGUCUAAGGCAUAUCUGUGUUUAACUUGAUAUUGGACAUCCAUGUCAUGGUCAAUUGAUAGCUGUCAAAAGGGUUUCCGCUGACCAGUGUUACAUGACUUUAUCGCGGGCUCAGAUAUACAACUUAUUGAAGCGACUUAUUUUUUAAAGUUUUCAACUGACCACUCAUUAGCUUUCAAUUGAUCGAGGGCUCAGACCUAUUUUUAAGGUGGAAUUCAGUUUAAUGCUUUCUGCUUGCGGCAAAAGGUGAAUAACUGGAGAAAGCGCACUUCUUAAGAGAUCCCUCGAGAGCUUUGGUUUUGGCCUUGUCUAAAUCUACAUAUUAUAUCAUUAAGGAGAACCUUUAAAAUGCCGGUUAAACCGGAGUUUAUUAUCACCUUUCAACAGAUUUACAGCGACUUCUGGAGGGAACUCAUUCAAUUGACGGAAAACGUAUUACAGUUAAGAGGCAGAAAAAAGUGCCACCAGACCCUGUUCGAAUCCAUAUUCAAGGACUCAGCGAACACACAACCGAAGACUGUCUGUCCUUUUAUUUGGAAAAAUUCUGCGACAAUGCUUCAGUAAAGAACGUGUACUUUGGAAGCAACAAAAACGCUCUUGCUGUUUUUGACAAAGAACCAGGUAGGGACGCAGUUAUUCUGCUUUAUUUUUGUUCGUGUCAGUGAAAAGAGCGUUUUUAUAACACUGAUAGCAGCCCCGGAUAGUUGCGUCGCGUGACGUCAGUCACUUGGUCUUUACCCUAGAGGUACAAUAUUUAAAAAAAAAAGCGGUGGGAGCGUCCAUGUCAUUCCUUUUGGGGACUACAUUUGUGGGUUGGUACCGCUUGAGAAGAAUAACUCUGCAGCCUUGCAUUUGAGAUUUCCUACAUUCUUAAAAUUAUAACUAUAUUUUACGGUCAAUCAAUAAUUCAGGGAUAAUUAAAGCACCUGGAAAUAAAAUACUGUACUGGUACCCUCAACGUAACCCUUUUCUAGUUUCUUGGCGAAUCAAUCUAUGUUUGUUUUUACGUGAAAAUACCUCUCACGAUACGCAUUGCAUUAACCAUACUUCAUGAUUGUGUGGUUGGCGUUCUUCCGUUGUUGCAUAAUUCCCACAGCUUUUAUGGACUGCACCGUGUACAAUGAAGUAUGGUUUAGUUAAAAUUCUUUUCUCGUGUUUUCAGAUUUUCGAUUAUUGCUGGAUAAAGUGCAUAAAGACCCCAAGGGGCUCGACAAAUGUAAACUUCGUCUAGAACGAGUGCCAAUUUGCACCAGUAUUCUGGUCACAGGACUUGGAGAUAAAACGUCACAAGAUGCCAUACAACUUUACUUUGAAAAUAAGAAAAGAAGCGGAGGAGAGGACGUCAGCCAUGUUGAAAGAAAAGGCAAAGAUAAAGCCAUAGUUUCCUUUGAGGAUCCUGGAAGUAAGAAAUUUAACUAUAAUACGGUUCUUUACGGGAUCCAGAAAAUUCAGAAAGGGCCGCGGUCCCCUCGGUCAACCCUUAAAUCAGCCGAUACUUCUUAAUACCAAGUGUUCACAUAUUUCCUGUGUUACCGCUACUGAUACAUUCAAUAUUACUACCCUAAUCUUUCAUUUAUAACCUAUUCUUUAUUUAUUACAUUUUGUGAUCGUUAUUCUUUAUACUUUUUUUGAAAAUGGUGACAAAUUUAGUAAUUUUUUGCCUUCAUGAUCUUGGCCCUCAAUACUUCGUUUCUAGGGAAUAGGUCUUUUGUAUUCCGCAGGAGAACUCGAUGCAAAGAGACCCAGUUGACAUGAAUAUAAAAAAACUAAUAAUGCCACCAUGAAUAAGACGCACUUUAGACCACCUGUUUUUUUGUUUUUUUGUUGUUUUUUUUUUUUACAUUUGUGACCACCUAAUAAGUUUGUUGCCUCAGCCUUAAACUAAAGGUAGUUAUAACAUUCUGCUGAGUUUUCUUAUUUUAUUAAAAGUCAUAUUUCUCUUGUCUAAGCGACGAAAGAGACUGGGGAAGUGUUUGAGACGGAGUUCAUCAGGAAAUUGUUUUAAUGAGUAAUUUUAAUUUUCAGUGGACAAAAACCAUGGACCAGAAAAAUUGAAACAAUAUCGCUUUCCUUUUUAGACUUUUCAAGGGGAAUAGAUAUUUUAUAAAGCGUUAUCUGCAAUAACACCAAAGACAAUUUCUUGUGGGAGCCCGAGAAAAUAAAUGUCAAAUUUUACAAGAACUGCGAAAACCCAGGUAAAAUUCUGAAAAUUUCAUGUGUAAGAUGUCAUUUUGUGAAAUUUUAAAUUUUUUUUCCUGGGCUCCCAUUAGAAGUUUUCUUUGGUGUUAUUACAGGCAACUAAUUACAUCUAUAUCCCUUGAAAGAUGUAAAAAAGAAUGCAAUAGGCUUUAAAUUGUUCUACUACAGUGGAACCCCGCCAUACGACCACCCCGUUAAUACGACCACCGCGUUAUUACGACCACUUUUCUUUGGCCCGAACAAAAGCCCACUCAUUUUCUUAUCUGAAAACCCCGUUAAUCCGACCACCCCGUUAUUACGACCAACGACCACCUUUGGGAGUCCUGAGUCGUUAUUUUCUUUAUAAAAUUACCCCGUUAAUACGACCGGUCAAAAUGCUUGGUGGGGCUGCUGAAUGAAAACAGACACAAUCGGACAACUAAUAACCUAUUACUAAUAUUUUAUUGAAUGUUUUUAGGCAAAGGUGUUAGUGGUUAGCAUGACAUCCGGUAAAGUGCUGUGUACAGUAAAAAGGAUGCAUGAAUAAAUAAUACAAAAGAUCUGAAAGACUUCACUUUGCAGCAUUUCGAGGCUCUCAAAGUUAUUUUGCCUUCUUGUUUCUGCUGCCUUCCACUGUGGCUUUUCUCUUCAAGUCCAUUUCCUGUUCUUUUCUCCCAGAACUUUGAACUUUGUAAUAAUUGUCAAAGUGUUGUACGCUACAAUAUAGAAAACGGCUCUUCGAGACAAAUCACAAGCCCUUUCCUUUUAUAACAAGGAAGUGAAAGAAGUCGGUGUUUUUUCUCAUAACUCGGUUUCGUUUACUGUUACAUUGUUCAGUUGCAUUGAAUUGCGGUUGUAAGGUUGUUAAUUAACUGCAAAAAGGUUGAUUUAUAACGGAUUAAAGGUAUACAUGUAGUAGAAUGUAGUUUAAAAGCAUUUUGCACCAUAAUUUGACCCUACCCCGUUAAUACGACCAAAUUUCCAUGGCCCGAAAGUGGUCGUAUUAACGGGAUUCCACUGUACAAGGCUUUUGUCCACUGAAAAUUAAAAUUACUCAGUUUUCUGAUGGAUUCCGUCUUAAUUUUUGGUUGUUCAAGAAAUAAAAGACGAUCUAUUUAACUCUUUAUGAAUUCCUUUUUCUUUAAAGGUAUUCAAAACGUUAUUAAAAAAAACCACACCUUAGAGGAUCGGCAGCUGAAUGUUAUUCCAUAUUAUCCAUUUCUAAGAGAUGAAACAACAAUCAAAACAGAAAUAGCGUUAGAUCCAGAAGUCUUUCACUACAUUCAGCAAAACCAUGGACGGGAACUGCAAAAUGUGCUCGAAGAGUGCAAAGCUCAAGUUGAACUUCUUGAAGCCGAUUCGCAUUCCCAGAUGCAGAUCGUUGCUCUCUCUCCUAUAGACAACAAGACGACUUCUGUCGAGUCGUGGAAGGAGGCAGUACAGUGGGUGGAAAACUUCUUGCAUAGCUUCAAAAAAGGUCAGUUAGACAUUGCUGCCGAAAUCUUUGAUGAGAUAGUGCAGAGGUGGCAGAAGCAAAAUAAUACCCAAGGGCCUGUCGAAUUUCAGAUUUCUUUUGAUAACCAUAGACGGCAAGUCCAAAUCAUUGGUAAAGAAACAUACGUCGAUAAAGAAAACCAAAAACUGCAGGAGUUGAUCCAUGGGGUUACACAAAAUGCUAAGCUCAUGAAGUCUGUCGUCAAAGUUGUUGAAGAUGGCAUUCCAAUGUCCAAGCUAACCUUGCUUGAAAAGUCAGGCAUUUGCGAGCGACUUAGAGAUGAGUAUCAGCAUUUGAAUAUCACUAUCGACAGCAACGGUCAGAAACUCUGCCUAGAGGGCCCGAGAAGCCAGCUUCAAGAUGUCCGAAUUCAGGUCUUGACGUUCAUUUCAAAGAUAGCAGAACUUACAACAGAGCUACCAGCCAAAGUGAUAACAGUCCUAAAGAGGCCUCAAGUUUCAAAGUUUGUAGAGGAGGUGUUAAAGAAAAAGUCAGUUCAGGCAGUCGUGCUUUAUGAUCAGCAACAAAGCUCCAACGAAAUACAACUUGUUGGCGUUGAUCUAAGAAACACCCAAGAAGCAGAACGCAUUCUACGGGACAACAUCAAAGAACGAAGCUUCCAUUUAUCUCUCGAAAAUGCCAAAGUACUUGAAAGUAGUCUUUGGAAAGAUUUUCAGUCUACCGUUACGUCUAAAUUUAAAGUUGGAAUAAGUGUGGAUAAUUCUGCUAGUACUAUCUGGGUCAGUGGGAUAACAGAAGAUGUCGAAGAAUGCUUCAAGCAGGUUAAGGCCUUUCUGGAAAAAAACACUAUUCUGUAUACCACAAUACCAACUCAGUACGGGACCAGAAGAUUUCUUACCGAAGUAUGGAGAGACAAACUUGACAACAUUAAAAAGGAACUUGCUCAUUACUCUAUCGAUAUGAGAGUCACCACUGACUCUGAGGGCAUUGACAUAGCUGGUACUGCUGAGGGACUAGAGGAGUGCAUGCCACUGCUGGGAGAGCUUAUCAGUGCGGUGCAAAAAGGCACCGUUCCAGUUGAUAAACCAGGGAUGAAGAAAUUCUUUUUAAACGGUGGAGGACUGCACGUUUUGAGAGAAAUAGGAGAAAAACACCGUUGUGUUAUUCUCCCAAGUGAACGUACGAAUGGUAAAGGUGCGGACGGGGUUAGAGUGACUGAGGACGAAGAAUUAGAAUCCAGUUUUAACAUGGAAACUAUUUGUACCUACCUUACAAGUCAAGAAAAGAAAAUAUCUGUCUUAAAAGGGGAUAUCACAAAAGAGAGAGUUGAUGCAAUUGUUAACGCUGCUAAUGGUGACUUGAAUCAUAUUGGAGGCCUUGCAGCAGCCAUUGUACAAGCAGGUGGAAGAGAAAUUCAGGACGAAUGUACUGCAUUCGUAAGAAAGAAUGGUCCCCUUUUUGAAGGACAGACAAUGGUUAGCACUGCAGGGAGAUUGCCCUGUAAUCAAAUCAUCCACGCGGUUGGGCCAAGGUGGGAUUACGAAGCGACUGAACGAAGAAAAGAAGGUAAAACAACAAAUCAAGAAAGGUACCUGAAAUUUGCAAUCAAGAAUUCACUAAAAGAAGCAGAAAAAAUGAGGUCUAUAGCUAUCCCUGCUGUCAGUUCCGGUAUAUUUGGGGUUCCGCUCGACGUUUGCGCUGGAGUUAUCAUAGAUGCAAUUCUUGAUUUCUGCCAAGAAAAUCCAAGUUGCAACUUAUCAGAUAUUCAUCUGGUCGAUAUCAAUACCUCUACUGUGAAAACCUUCGCAGAUGAAAUGAAAAAAAGAUUUUCUCAGGACAGAAACUUCAUUGAUCAGAUGACCAAUCCCAAACCCAGAGCAGCUUCAAGGGUGGCAAGUCACACCAAAGAAGGCGAGAAAUCGUUCAGCAUUCAAGGCAUGCGCAUCAUUGUGAAAUCUGGUGACCUGUCAAAAGAGCAGGUAGCAAUUUUAAACUCGUUUACUAAAUGUUAAGUUCGCGUAUUAAAAAAACUAGUAAACAGCCCGGUACAAACACAUAAAAGAAAGAAACAAAAUUAUGCUGGCUAUAUUAAGACAUUUUUAAACGUUCGAGACUUGUUAAUUACCAAACUGCACGUCUUAAAUUCUUGGGAAUUCGUAAGAGUGAUCCAAGUUUUCUGGAAACCUAUUUGGAGGGGUUUUGUUCAAAAAAGCCCCCUCCAGUUAAUGUCUUUUGUAAUAAGUCCAAAGACUUAUACCAGUUACUAAUAGCACGGGAAAGUCUGAGCGACGAAUAAUUUUAAAAUUGGAGUACCUGCCCAAAAAGAGCAAGUAAUAAAGAUGCAAAUGCGUUUGAAAAUAGCAACUUGGACUACAAAUAGAUAAUUCGACGAGUAACAAAAACAUGAAAGAUAAAUAAAAUAAAUGAUAGUAAUUGGACAGCUGUAUACUGGCAUAGAAGAGAAAACUGGGAAAACCCGGAGAAAAUCCUUUGUAGCAGGAAUCGAAAAUGCAUCACUGUUACAAUGGCAAGAGGUGUGCAACAAUGUACUGAGCCUCCAGGGGGUAUCUGUUCGGGCGAUUAUGUAAAUAUUAGGAUGGGAAUUUCACCAGUUGAAGUAUGUUAAAGGGUAGGGAAAUCUGUCAUAGUUUGCUUAGCAACUCCGGUAACGCAUAAUUAUAUAGUCGAUAAACGCCAUUCAUUUCAUUUGGGACACAGUGUUCUUAAUUGAGUAUUUUAAAGAGAUACCAUUUUUCAAAGGAAUGCAUGCAAAAGAGGUGCCUCUUCUUUAGGCCAAAAAUUGGAUCUCGUAGAGAGGAGCCUUAGUAUCGUAAAAAGUUGAGUACAACCAACCCCGCCCUACCCUAACCUAGGUGCUGAGAGCUGGCAAUUAAAGUGUCACUUUUUGUAAAAUAAAAAAUGAGGAUAAGAACUAAAUUUGUUCAGGACAGAAUACUGAACUUCAACAGUUAAGUUUAUUCGUGAACUGUCCUCUCUUUUUAGGUGGAUAUCCUGGUGGGGACCGCGGCAUCGAACCUCAACUUACAGCAAAAUCCCCUUGCAAACGCCCUUAGUCAAGCAGCAGGGCCAAACCUGCAGCAGGAAUGUACGAAAAUAGGUCCAACUGCUGUAGGCGAUAUUGCUGUAAACAAUCAACCUGGAAAUCUCAAUUGCAAGGCUGUUAUAUUUGCCAUAUGCUGUGAAUGGGAGAGCGGCAAAGGCAAAAAGGUAAGGAGGAAAGCUAACAAAAACUUUAGCCAGUUGUAAGGUGACAAUAGCCAAAACCUCUCAGUAAAUAUAAUCAGCUAUCUGUUUCCAGAUAUUCUCAAACAAAUAGACAAGUGUUCUAAGCUUGCCGAGAGCACUCGCAGGUUGGCCAAGAGGAAAUGGGAUCUAAAUGCAUAGUCGUUUAGUCCAUCAUUUAUUAUCACUUAUUGAAACCUCGUUGUUAAUACAAAUCAUACAGAAACAUACCGUAAAUCCUCUAUUAAGCCCUGCCCCUCACAAAUAAGCCCCCACCCCCUUUUCACUGAGAAAAUUAAUAAGCCCCCCUCACUUUUAAACUCCCUCUCCCCUCCCCUUCUGGUUCUCCACUAAUAAAUGAUAGACUUACACUGUAUCAAUCAAUCAGUCAUGACUGUAAAAACGUCAUGUGGACUGAUCCGAGAUGGUUUACUCACCAACUGGAAGUUCGGAUGUUAUUUUGAUUUUCGGCUGCAUGACCUCCAACGUCUUGUACUUGAGCUUUUCCACUGCAUAUUCUUGCGCUUUAUGAAGAACUGAUACCAUCGUCUUUGCUAAAUUAAAUUAGCCCCCCCGCCCUUCUUAAAAAAGUUCCCCGUCUUUAUUAAGUGAGUUUGAAUAGAGGAUUUAUGGUUGAUAUGUAAUACUAUUUAAACGUAGAGAAACAACAAAAUCUGUACGACGGAAUGAAAAAAACCUUUAGUGGGUGUCCUCUAGUACACACUAUACUAGAGGUAAUUAUUGAUAACGGAUCCGCGUUCGUCACUUAAGGAAAAAUUACAGAAACGCAAUUGAGUCGAAGGAGUCCAGUUUCCCGGCCGAGGUGCCCCUGAUAAAAUCAAUAGGGGUCGCUAAUUUGCAGUUGCCAGUGAUAGCUCGAAAAUUUCUGCCUUAGUGCCUUAAAAACACCAGAUUAGGAUGCGCUCUGACGAACGCGACAAGGUGGUUUAAAAAGGAGGCCUUUACCACCAUUUUACUGUUGCUGCUCAAAAUUAAAGGAGCUGUGUCACAAAUUGUAUCAAAAUUCUAAACGUAGGAACUGCCACCAAUUGAGUGAAACAUAAAAAUAGUCCCUCAAAACAUUAUAACACAGCAAAUACAAAACUGUGGGAUUUUCAAAACUUGUUAGCCUAUGAGUUUUUCAAAAAUCGUUUUUGUUGUUGUAACGUUUGGUGUAAUACUUGGGAAGUGUAUUUUUUGGACAAAAGCUUUCAUUUUGUCGUUUACAAGUUAUUUCUUCGUUAACUUUAAGCCCCCUUAGCACAUAAGGAAGCGUAACUGACAAUAAUAACAAAAUAAACUACACAGCUGUGACGCAGUCCCCGGCUUUAAUAUUCCAACUUUCCUUUAGGUUACAGCUUUUAAGCUGAUUUAAAUAUCUUACGCAUUACAUCACAUUAGGUUCUGAAGAAGCUUGUAAGAAAGUGUCUUCAAGCUGCCUCUACGAUGGAAAUGACUUCAAUUGCUUUUCCUGCAAUUGGAACUGGAAUUCUACGGUUUCCUCGAGGCGAAGUUGCCGAGAUGUACUUUGAUGAAGUGAUGUCUUUUAAGCAGAGUUAUCCGACGACCUCACUGAAGGAGGUAAAGUUCGUUCUUUACGACCAAGAUUAUCCAACUGUCCAAGCAUUUGACGCAGAAUUCAAGAAGAGGAUAGCAAACAAUUCACCUCCUUCAGCUGAAGAACGAGGAGGUUUUUUGCAAAGGGAUCUUAGCAAAUCGAUCAAAACUUCCCAGCCAUCCUCACCUGAGAUCAGUCCAUUCUCACCUUUAAAAGAGCGAGAACACGAUCAAUUGGAAACAAAUGUGGGAACGUUGUGCUUUAAAGUUAAGCCUGGUGAUAUAACAGAAGAGACGACAGAUGCCAUCGUUGUCAUUUCUAAUGGUGAUCUAGACAUCCAGAGGGGUGGGGGAGCUGGGGCAGCAAUUCUUCGAUCGGGAGGACGCUCCAUUCAACUGGAAUGUUCCCAGAAAGGUCCCCAAGCACCAGGAUCUGUGGUCGUUACAAGCGCAGGCAAAUUGAAAACGAGAUUCAUCUUUCAUAUUGUCCCUUUAGAUCCCCUGAAUAAUAAAAGCAUCACAGCGUCUGUGUUAAAGUGCCUUCAAGUUGCUGAAAAAAAAAGAUUAUCGUCGAUUUCAUUUCCAGCCAUUGGAACCGGUGUCCUCGGUUUAUCUCCAAAAGAUUGUGCCGAUGCAAUUUUGUCCGCGAUUCGAGAGUUCAGUCAGAAGCGUCCUCUUUCAAUGCAACUUAUCAACAUGGUCAUUUUCCAGAGGGAAAUGCUGAAGGAGGUUAGGUCGUCUAUAGAGGAAGCUUCGGGGGAAACGUCAGCUGAAAAGCGUGGACUAUUUCAGCGAGUUGCUUCACGUGUUGGAAGCCUUCUGGGUUUUGGCGAUCACGAAAGAAACGCUGUGUCGAAUGUGGCCUUACUUAAUCCUAAUGACAAGUCCCUUGACCUUUACAUCUUCGCUGGUUGCAAAGAGGAUCUUGAGGGAGCCGUUAACAAAGUCAAUGAAAUCAUUGACGAGAAGUCGACAAAGCAGGUGAUUGUGCAAGACGCCAUAACCAUUUUGACAGAAAGACAUAUCCAACGAAUUCACACCCUCGAGUUAAGAUACGAAGUAAAAGCAACAGUAGAAAGAGAAGUGGGACGCAUCAUACUAGGUGGCCAGGCUGGUGACGUAGUUAACGCUGUUGGAGAGAUCCACAAAAUUUUGCUUGAAGUUAAGGAAGAAGAACAUGAACUCAAGCGAGCCAAAGAGCUGGCAAAAGAUAUCCAAUGGAUGUACAAAGAUGCCGAUAAGCUUGUGAGCUACGACACAUUCACAAAUGCGAAGAUUGAAUAUGCUCACCAUGAGAAUAAACCUGAUGUGAGCAUCUACGGAGAUUACAAAAUAGUCUUUAGGACAAUGAAUGUCAAAGAUAGAUUUGGCACUGUCGUCGCAGAAGUUGAGAGAGUUGACCGUAGAGGUAAGGAAGCCAAAGCCGGGUGGAUCGAUUACCUAUACCGAUGAGCUGUGAAAGAUAUUAUAAAUAUAGCAGGAUAUGAAUUGCUCUUCCCCAGACUAAUAACGUCUUUAAAAACGACCACCAGUUGCAUUUUCUUCAUCCUCUAUGUAAAGUUGUGCAAUAUCCCUGCUAAAAAAUGUAACACAACAAUACUACACUUCAUGCACCAUGCACAUGAAAGUUUGCCAAACUACCUUAGAUAUCAAAUUUUCGAUUUUCUCUUUCGCAGACCGGGCAACAAAAGCGAAGAGAAAAAGUUAAACAUGCAUUUUACACAUAAAAGAUAAAAUAGCGUCUUAUGUUUCGUAGUGUAACUGGCCGUAUUGUUCUUGUUUUAGCACUUCCCCUACCAAAACAUUGGACUCCCCAGCCGAAAGACCAGGAAGGCAUUGAGAAAGCUGUCCAUCUCUAUCAACUUGACCAGGCUAAUGAUGCAAAAGAGUACAAGUUCGUACAUGGUAAAUUCCGAAAAACAUGCAAACAUGAAGUUAUUGAGAAGGUAGAACGAGUUCAAAAUCCUGCCCUAUACGGAACGUACGCGAUCCGCAGGCAAAAGAUGGAUGAGGCGAAGGGAAGUAACGAAAUGUGGCUUUUUCAUGGAACUGCAGGGGGAAACACCCAGCUGAUAAAUAAAACGGGAUUUAACAGAAACUUUUCAGGGAAAAAUGGUACGUAUUUUAUAAUAUAAAAUUAUAUUUAUAUAUAUAUAUAUAUAUCUAGAUGAGCAAUCGAAGUUUAAAAGAGAGCGUUCGACAUUUUUCUCGUCUAGCAGAGGCCUCAUUCCCUAUGAUCAAAGUGAUGCGGUAGGGCUUACCGGCAGAAAGUAGCCUGUUCCAAGCGUUCAGAUAGUGGAGAGCGGUGCGAAGUAAAGAUAGCGAUGAAAAGUAGAGGGGGACUGGGGAGAGAGGUGAGGGAACGCUUGUAAGAAUUCUUAACAAAAGUGCGUUCCGGUAUACCAGAUCCUGGUAUACCCUCUGAUUGGUUGAUUUUGACAGUUUUUGUCAACAGUGGAGCGUCUUCGAUCACAGCGAGAAAUGCGAUAUGGCCGUUAUGACAGACUCUACGUGCCGUCACGCAGAAUUCAAACUCGCAACAAACACAGCGCUGAGUGACUUUCCAAACGUGUAGGCUAAAAGCGAAGAGCAAAGAAACUGUUUAAAACACGUAGUCGGUAGGAUAGAUGUCUUAGCAAUUUCUCACCGACUGGCUUUGGAAAAAUUCUUAUUUUCCAGUUUUUUCCUCGAAUAAAGCGUGCGUUGGAAUGAAGGCAGGAUAGAAUGCCAUUUACGAUUGUUGUGGUAACUCCGUUGAUUACCAUCAUGGAAGACCAAGUGGAAUAUUUGCGGCGGCAAUGAUGGGAGAAGAUGUGGAUGAAGCCGUUAAAAGUGGAAGCUGUGAAAUUGUUUACUGAAGUGCCAAAUCGUGGUUGUAUAAUGAAUGGACAAAAGGACUUCAAAAAGGAAAGCUUGGAAAGCAAGUUGCAGCUAUCGCUAUUGACGAGGUCCACUCAAUCACCGAAUAGUAAAUUUUCCCUUCAAUUGUUGUGCAUUUUCAUUGCUUGAGUUAACGAUCUGUAUUGAAACGGCUUUCUAUCGAAAUGAGCGAUAUUUGUUUGUCACUUGAUUCAUAAUUUUUUGUCACGUACACGCUGAAAUCAUGUUUUAAAACCGUAAAUAAAUUCAUUAUACAUGAAUACUUCUCCCGCCUUCUAUUGUCUGAAAGUCUUACAUUGGGUUUUUAGUAAGAUUAUGUAUACAUAAUAUUAAUUUUUGAUCUGACAAACUUCGAUUUAUUCGCAAGAAAAAUAAUAAAUGCAUCGGGCUGUAACACCAGUCUUGAUUGACAAGUGAAGACCACCUACAGCUGAUGCGGUCUGACUGGGCGGAAGAGUCUAUUUAAAACAAAUCUAACAGGCGUUCCCUCUCUCACCUCUCCUCUUCCCUCGCUUUUAUUUUUUCGCGCUCCUUUUUACUUCGCACCGCUCCCCACUAUCUGAACGCCUGGAACAGGCUAGGCAGAAAGAGGCCUUUGCUUUAGGGAAUCCACCUCAUUGUUAGCCGCUAAAAAUGUGAAAAAGUGGAGCGUGGGUUCUUUUUUAGUGGGAGUAGUCAAGAGCAGAAAGACAUUAAAGAAGUACAGCCGGUCAAGCCGCCUGUAUUUCAACAAUUAGUAAACACUAGACUUCUCAUACGAAAUAAAUAGUUAUAAAUCUGGAACAUGAGAACUGAAGAUACAUCAAGUUCUGAUUUUCCUUAGAGUUUGGUGCACUCCAUGGAGAGAGAAGAAAAAAAAACAAAUGAGACUAUUCUGCUAAUCAAAGAUGUUUAGUGUUGAGUAUUGUUUACAGAACGCAGAAAAAACAUGUUUCUCAAUGGCUUUCUUUGUCUUCAAUCAUUCAAAUCUUUCUCAUUUUAGCUACAAUGUAUGGAAAUGGCGUCUACUUCGCGUCAGAUGCCUCCUACUCGGCCCGGUCUACAUAUUCUCCACCUGAUUCGAACGGAUUCAGGUACAUGUAUCUCGCAAAGGUCCUAGUGGGUGAAUACACAGUUGGCAGACCUGGUCUUCUGACGCCUCCGCCAAAGGAUCUGGAUCCUACAGACACCUUUGACUCCGUGGUCGAUCAGAUUCCCGACCCUGGAAUAUUUGUCGCCUUCUACGACUGGCAGUGUUAUCCGGAGUACUUGAUCACCUUCAAGUGA